GCGGACCCGGUGUUGGGCAAUCCCGACUUCCAUCAUAGCAAGAUAAAACAUUGAAAACCACUAGAAAAAUAUAUCCUAAAAUUUGUUUGAACUUUGGUAUCGAUGUUUCAAUGAGUGUCCGUCGUAAACUUUAGAUAUAAAAUAAACUGUCUCGUUAUUGCAGUCGUCUGCCACAAGAUUGACAUCUGAUAUUUAAACCACACCCAAACUCUUGAACUCUGCGCGGGAAUCAGUCCGGAUCCACUCAAAUAUCUUCCGGUUUUGCUUAAUGCCAUGGCGACACUCGUUAAGUUCUGAUUACUGAGUUGUCUCAGCACAAAUUUUGAGAAUGGUGGCAAGAAGCAUCUUGUUUCUUCUUCUUCUUACUAGAUGGCAAAUAAUAGGAGUAACAGGUGUGCAAAUCAAAUCUUGCGGUGAAGGAAAUAUGAUAGAAAUAAAGCCCGGAGAGACACGCUCGUUCAGGUGUACCUCAAACACAGGGUACGUGGAGUGGACACUAGUCACCGGCAAGAGCGGAGCUCACCAACGGCUUGCCGUGUGGGAAAACAACUUGCAAACUUAUAACGACUUCGACAAAACAUUUGUUGCAAAAUCUAAAUACGAGCUAGAAAUUAAUGCUGUGAACAACAGAAAGAUACACGAUGAUGUCUCAAUUGUGAACGGAAGUCUGUUGUGCAAAACUGGGAGAGAAACGGCGACCUGCGGACUGAGCUAUGUUGAUGCUGCACAAGGCACUGUAUGCACGGCCAUGGCGACAUCUUGGAAUGUCACGGUAUCCUGCAACAUCAGCAGCGCCUACUCCUCUCGGAGAAUUUACACCUGUCAUCUCAGUAGAAAACACAAUUCAGUGUUCAUACCGCUACAGACCAUCGCCAUGACGACUAGUGUCACCAGCCAGCUAAUAGCAAACAAUGAGUUCAAAGUGUCUGGAAACUGUUUGUUUUAUACACAACUUCCGGCUAUUGAAGGAAAAUAUGACUACUAUGUUGUCACCUCCCCAGGGAGAAGCAAGCAGACGGUGGUAAAUACUGGGGACAGACAAAGUCUGACAGUUAAACGACCAGCCUCGCCAAAUGUCUCAUGUCAUCCUGGUGGUCACGUGUUAGAAAACACAGAAGUCAGCUGUGUGUGUAGGACAACUAGUCUGGGUCAACCACAAGGUUCUUUGAGAUGGAUGGUCGGGUAUGGAGCAAACAUGACAUCAUCGGCCACCACAGAGCUGGGUGAUGAAAACUCAUCUGAGCUCCGUUACAACCGCACCUUGACGAUGAGUGAUCAUGGGAAGACGUGGCUGAGAUGUCAGCUUGUGUGGGGGGCAGAGGAACUUAGAGGAGAUACCUACAUGGCUAGUGUUGGGCGUAAGCCCCGUUCCUUGUCUGACGAUGUCAUCGCGAUGACAAACAUGCAGUUUGAUGUGAUCGCGUUUCCCAAGCCUCACAAUGCCACCUUGAUGUACCUGGGAACCAGUCCAACCACCAACAUACCUCACCCAGACAGCCAACUCUCAAUAAUAUCUUUGGACUGUAAUUCCUAUCCCGACGACUUUGACCGGUUUAACUGCUCUCUAGUAUCCUCUGCAAAUUCCUCUGAGAUGGAAUCAGGCUUCUACAGACUUGUGGUGGUCAACGAAGUUGGUGAAGGAAUCUUGACAGUGCGGAUUGGUGAGCAAAUGAAUGCUUGAGUGCAUGUUCAUUUAAUUAAGUAUAUUCAAUCUAGAGAACGUGACUUAGAUAAUGGGAUAUAAUUUAAAUGAUACCAAAAAAAGUUUACCAAGUGAGACACGAAAACACAAAGUUCAAUCCUCGUGUCUGACUUCAGGACUUUUUAGUCAUGGAGAAAUAAUAUACAAUCAAAAUAUAAUUUGAAAAGGCUCUCUGAAGGGUCUGGAAUUAUAAUGGAAGCAGAUAUAGCUAUAAAAGGAAGCCUAAACCAACUAAAUGUUGUCUGUAUUGAAAAACAUACCAGCACUAACAGACUUUCUUUCUCUCUCUGUCACACACACACACACAAAAGAAAAAAAAAAACCCGCAGAAACAAGCAUGCACAGUCAUGUAUAAAUCCAAGCUUAAUCAACACAAUCACAAACAUCUAGACGAGUAAAAUGACAGAUUAUUAUUAUAAACACCUAAGCAUACAUUUCAUUAAGCGAUAAUUAAAUAUAAUGCACAGUUUAAAACGCAGUCAACCAUUAUAAAAAGACAAACUUAAGAGGAAGCAAACAAACAAGCACAAACAAAUUAAUAUAAAAUGAGACAAGACGCUCAUCAGGACAAAUGGAUAAAAACUGAGAAAUAAAUGCAAAGACAACGCUAGACAGACAUAAUAUAAUAUCUACAAACAUGUUUUAAAAUAUCCGUCGUUACAAGUAACGGUAUUACUGAGGCUCGAGUCGUUCGUUCAAAGUUCGGUAUUACCAAAAGAGCAGGAUGGGGAGUUUACGAAAGGCCAACAUGAUGCAGGAUACACUUAAGUCCGUUAUCAACUCUUGCUGAGAGCACGUGCUUGUAAGCAAGCAAGGCUACGUCACGUGACACAAGCCAGGUCAGGUCAAAGGUAAGUGCUAUGUCUUGAGGGUAUGUCGAGAGGCAGUUUAGGAUGAGUGAGGGGAUGUGUGCAUGUAAGCAGCUGUGUGCUUGUCGCUUCCAUCCUGCUGUGUAAACACAUGCACACAGACUGAGACAACGUUGGCAAUAAGUGUCACAGAAAAAUAAAGAGAAACUGGGAAUGCUUUGAAGAGUGGAUUUAAUAAUGGAUGGAUUUCCUGUCACGUGUCUAUUUUAUUAUUAGCUCCAUGUUUACCAGCAUUGCUAUUUCAUUUCUUUUGAUUAGCAUGUUAAUAAAAAAAAAAGGGGAAGAGUUAGCAUGCUCCUUACUAUAGAAUUUGUAAGAUAUUUGUAGUUAAGGUGAUGGUAGAGGUAGACACUGUGCAGGGCGCGUGAAUUCAGCUAUAGAAAUAUAUGGAAUAGAAGCAGUUGCUGCAACACAAUGUUGUAUUUCGUAGAAAAAAAUUUUGCUGGUUUGUAUGCACUUUCAGUAGCAGUUACAAUAUAUUUCUCCUCUGAAUUACAGGAAGACUGGCACGGGUUCAUGUCAACAUGUGUGGACGCCUUCACAAAGACGAGUUUUGGAUAAUUGUUUUUACCCUUUCUAUUUUGACAUCGCAAUUAUCGAUCUCAUGAUAUGUUAAUAAACAAGCAAUCAAAGCGAAACAGUAUUCUAGAGAAUCUCGACAGACAGACAGACAGACAGACAGACAGACAGACAGACAGACAGACAGACAGACAGACAGACAGACAGACAGACAGACAGACAGACAGACAGACAGGCAAACAUUAGUUUAAAAGAAGUGAGAAUCUUGUAUUCACACAUGUGCAUCCCAUCUCUGCUCAUGCCAACAUUUAAGCGUGUAAAAUAUAUUUAAAAUUGUAACGUUGAGUGUGUAAUAGUUGAAUGUGAAAACUGAGCUACUUUAAGUAACAUCGUCUUUUCCCCAAUUUAUAACUAUUAUUUCUUUAACUAAUAUGUAUAUUAUAUCAAAAAAUAAAACCAAUGUGCAUAUAUUUAUUCUUUGGAACAGAAAUUUUACACACAGUGCAGACAUGGGAUUACCAUUUGUGGUGGUGCCAUCACUCCACAUGGUAUGGGUCGGCAGGUAAGUACAGUAGAUUUUUUCAUUGCAAAGAACUGCGUCUGUUCCACAGCAGUGCUGUCAUUAAAUACAAAUCUUGUUUUGCGUUCUGUUUAUUUUUUCGACUUUGUGAUAUAUAGAUAUUUUGCAAAUUCCCGCGGUGGAAAUUAAAGCUUUUAUGUUUACAGACCAGACUAAAGGUAAUACACAAGCGUUAUAAAAGUUUAGGAUAUGUGGUAAUAACUACUUGAUAUUAAUUUUAGACAACAGUAUACAACUGAAUAGUGUCAAGGGGCUCUCUGUGUAGGACAUCAGCGUGACUUGUUUAGCCAGAAAUUAUUCCCCUGCUCACUCAAAAUCUACUGUGCAGACGGUGCAAGGGAGGUAAGCCCCACAGCUACAGUGAAGAACUCUUCAGGGGAGGUAACGACGUCAUUAAACGAAGGCUUUCUCAUUUCCUGUUCUAAAUAAAUGUUUCAUAUCUAUUGCCUUUUUUUAAUGGGUCUCUUUGCUUUUUGGAAAGGUGUAGACUGUGUGUAAAGUUUGUCUCCUCUUGAAUUUUCUGGCCUAGUGGUGGACAGAGCGAGUGGUUCGCAGGUAUGACCCGUCAGGUCUUUGUGACUGAUAAGGAUAACUAUUUAAUAUUAAUAUGUAAAGUAUACAUUCUACUUACAGGGCAGUUUCUAUGACACUUGGGUAUGAGACACAUGACAACAAGGCAUGGACAGACUUUGAGAGGCUCCAGGCUUGAACUCUUUACAACAAGCGUCGUUGCUAAAUUUAUCUUAUUUUCCGGUCUGGUUACUACCCAAGUCAAGCAACUCAAAAAUUUCCA